AUGUCGCUCGCCCAGCACGUCACCGCAAACGAGGGCAUCGACCGUGUGCCCCCAGAAUAUGAAGACCACAGAGAGGAAGAGGUUCUAUGGCGCACCCUCAGUUACGACGCCUUCGGCCACGGCGACAAUGCUGCCCCCAUUAUCUCUCAAGAGUCUAUCUUACCUAAUACCGCCGCUUAUAAGGUCUCCGCUGCAAAGAGAGUAGCCCAAGUCGCAUUCGCCAUCGUAGCAUGCUGGUUCGCCGCCGGCAUCGUAUACGGCUUCGCAUCGCUCAAACCUGUAUUAAUCGAGGAGGGUGUAUACGAAGACCUUUGCCCUCGAGACGGUCGCGAUGAGAGCAGCGUUGGCGAUGGCAGCGAGAAGGUGCCCUGCGCGGCGCAGGACAUGCGUCUAAACUUAUUCUUCAUCGUCGCCUCUAUAACGACUAAUGCCUCGUCCCUAGUCGCUGGGUGGGUUCUCGACCGCUGCGGGCGUCGCUUAUGCUAUGUUAUCUCGGGCAUAUUCAUGAUCGCGGGGUGUGUGUUGAUGGGACUCGCUUUCCAGAUCCCCGAGUUUGACGGGUACUUACUAGCCAACAUAUUGCUAAGUCUAGGCGGGACAUUCGUUUUUGUUCCUAGCUUCCAGCUCGCGAAUGCGUUCCCGCGAUACUCGGGCAUUAUUGUCGCGCUAGUGACAGGCGCCUUCGACGGCUCCGCUGCUAUAUUUUUAUUCUACAGGCUCGCAUGGGAGUCUUCGGGCCGCACCUUUACACCAGCGCGUUUCUUCUUCGGGUACACGAUCGUGGGCGUGCUACUUCUACUCGGAGAAUUUAUGCUCAUGCCUCCGCGAGCGUACCACUCGACGCCAGAGCUCGAGCGCAAGAUCGAGAAAGUACAGGAUGCGACACGCGACGUGCACGACUCAGACGAUGAUCUUGAAAGCCCCGGCGAAAUCCGGCGCGUGAGAAGCGCACGCACCGAACGGCGUCUUUCCAAACUCGAGCAGAUCGAGGAAUUAGUGGGUGACGAGACGGAGCGCGAGGACCGUGUGCAGGCCGAAGAGGAGCGGCAGGUGGCCAGUGGUAUAUGGGGUAUUCUACACGGCCUACCAGCGCACCGGCAGAUGAUGACAACGUGGUUUAUACUGCUGUUGUUACUAACGGUAUUACAGAUGCUGCGCAUGAACUAUUUCAUUGCUACCAUUCGCGGCCAAUACCGGUAUUUACUAGGAUCAGAACGGCUCGCCGAGGAUAUCAACCACUUCUUCGACGUUGCACUACCCGUAGGAGGUGUCUUUGCCACGCCAUUUAUCGGAAUAUUGCUUAACAACCUAAGUGUAGCAACGGCAUCAGCCGUGUUAACUUUCUUCAUCGUGGUAAUUGGGGUACUAAACUGUCUACCCCAGCUAUGGGCCGGGUACGCGACAGUAGUGGCCUUCGUUUUAUUCCGCCCGCUGUACUACAGCGCAGUCAGCGACUUCGCCACUAAAAUAUUUGGCUUCGCAACCUUUGGCCGCAUCUAUGGCACUAUUACUUGCUUGUCAGGUCUCGUUAACUUCGUACAAUCAGGUCUUGACGUGCUGACGCACGGCCCGCUACAAGGUGAUCCGACACCCAUCAACGCCAUCAUGGCGGCAGGCGGUACGAUCCUUGGCGCAACACUGACUGCUUACGUCGUUAUCCAAGGUCGGUCCUUUAGGCGAAAAUUACAGCAAAGUGAAGCCGCUGGGAUGGUCCAGGAGAGGCUUCAUCUAAUCCGGGAAGAAAGGGAAGCGGAAGCAAGCUACGGUGCAAUGGAUUAA